GGCACACUUGCAGAUUCCUCAAGAGUUCAUAGGAGUGCGAGCAUCUGCGGCACCAUUAACAGGCUUUGUGAUGGCUGCCAACAGAAACUUUGCCCUGACAAUUAUCUUCCUGGCUCUCAUUAAAAGUUCCAUUACCCAGCCAGGGUCCAAUCCCGCAGGACCCCUCAUACCCGCCAAGGACGAGGAGCUACCCCCGGAUGAAUAUUACGACCCAGAGGACGAACCGAGCACUGUUCCGCCAAAGAUCGUUUCUCCGAGAGGAGGAAUAGCUGUGCAGAGAUGUGAUUACAACCCCUGCACGGAGAACGAACCACCGUGCACCGUCACCAAUCACUGCUUGUGUCCGGGGGUUACGUCUCACCUGGUGGCGCCGGAGGCUCCUUACCUGAAAUCCGUAGCUUGGAACGGGUCUGACGUGGUUGUGCGCUGGUGUGCCCCUUUGUCCUACGUGACGGCUUACAGCGUGACGGUCGGAGGGAAAGAGAGGCAGAGGUUCGGGAGGGAGCGGCGAUGGGGCGGCGUGGGUCCCGUCGAGAACGUCUCCGAGGUGUGCGUGGUGGCGCUGAACAACGCCGGAGAUAGCGAGGCCUCGUGUGUGAUGUACCAGCCUAAGGACCACAAUCUGCCUCUCAAAGCAGGACUGAUAGGGGGCGCUCUCGGCCUCCUGAUUCUCCUCCUUGUGGUCGUUCUGCUUUGGAGGCGACGGCGGCAAAGGAAGCUGCGGAGAAACAUCACUAUGAGUCACACAGCUGGGACAUAAAUGACAAAACAAACCCUCUUAGGACAUUCUGCAAUAUUUAUAUUAUUACGGAUAGAAAAAUUAUAUAAAAAAAGGCCAGGCUUUAUUUGUUAUUGUUUUUCAUUUAAUUUAUUUAUUUUAAACUUAAAAAUACAGUAUUGUCAUCUGAUAAAGCAAUAUUGUCAUAAUAAAUGUAAUAUAGAAAAAAAAACAAAAAAAACUAAUAAUUCAAUAUGUAAAAAUACAAAAAAAAAUGUAACGUUACAUUGUUAAACAUAAAAAAAGAAUGUAUAACUAUGUAGUAUGAUUAUGUAUAUAUUUUUAUUGCAGAUUUAUCUACGUUUGAUAUUACACAUAAUGUUGGAGGAUAAGCAGAACAUGGAUGGGCGUAAAUAUAAAUACAAUGCAAACAUCCAUCCAUCCAUCCAUCCAUUUUCUACCGCUUAUCCCUUUCGGGGCAGAGGGGGGUGCUGGAGCCUAUCUCAGCUACAAUCGGGCGGAAGGCGGGGUACACCCUGGACAAGUUGCCACCUCAUCACAGGGCCACAUAUUUUUAUAAAUACAAACACUAAUAAUGGCAAACUAUUAUUUAAAGUCACUGUUUGCUGGUAACGGGUCAAACAAUACUGACGCUUUGAAGCAUCACAAAACAAAGAAGUGAUGUGUGUGUACCUUUAGGAAAAAAAACAUUUGACCGAUACAGCUGCUGUGUCGUUUGACUACAAAGCAGAAAACUGGCGCUUCUUUCAUCUUAGAGUGACAACCCGUACUGAAAAAAGUCAUAGUAGUGCCAGUUUUUCUCACAAUCAUCGAUCUAAAUAGAACUACUGGAGAUUAUUUUGAUUUAUCUUCCUGUUUACUCUUUGGGUCAUUGACCAGAUAUGAACGUUUCAAAUUAUUUUUUGCAAAGCUAUUCGUGCAGAAUAUAUAAAUACGAAAAAACAUAUUCGCUAACUAUUAAUUGAAUUUCCAGGUCAAAUGCAGUGACUUUUUUAUCCAGCGUUGGCGCCAGCGUGUCUACGCAGUGUCAAUACAGCUACUGAGUGUGCCACACACUCACUUACGCAUCACUACUGUUUGCUUUGUCAUUUUAAUUGUAGCCUAGGUCAGUGGUUCUCUCAACUUUCAACCACCUCAGAAAACACUUGGCUUUCCAAGUACCACCAUAAUGACAAACAUUAAAAUACAGAAGCGUAGUAGUCCUAAACAUUGAUUAAAAACAAGGCAGAGGUAUUAAAUAUACUUGUUAAAUAUUUUUGGUUGUUAAUAUUUUUGGCCACUGUAACAUUACACACAGUUUGAACAGUAACACUGUUUGAAUAUAUUUAAUUAAGUGAUUAUUUGGCGUACCACUAGCUGGAGCCCGCGUACCACUUGUGGUACACGUACCACAGUUUGAGAAUCCUAGCCUAGAUGUUUUUAAAAGUCAAAUUGUAUGUUAAAACCCAAAUCAUGCUAUUUACAAUAAUUAUACAAAAGAUCAUAAUGCUGUCAGGCAGGUGUUGAUGUAGGGUACAACUCUACUGCAUCCUAUUGAAAACUGCUUCUAAUACACUUGAAUACCUCGGUUGUGUCUUGCAGUGCAAGUGAAUACAGUAAAAGGAGAGAAGUCAUUGAAAAAUAUGCGUAGGAGUUAAGUACAAUAUAAAGUACGCUGAUUCAUUCUGCAGCCAAGUUUUUUAGGAAAAUAAAUCCCUGAUGACAACGUUUACAGAUAAUCUAGCAGAGUUCUUUAACAUCAAUUUAGAAGAAAGCCAGUGCUUUGCUGCAUGUUUCUGCACAAUUUGGGGGCAACAUGAGGAGUAAUGUAAACACUUCGGAGUCCAAAAAACACAACACGGUAGUUUGUACAGAAUAUAAACAUAAUUUAGAUGUAUUAUACUGACUUGAUUCAAUGCAUGUUCUCAUUUUUUUAAAGUAUGGUGUCAUUUUUGAGAAAUGUUCCACACCAUAUUAGACAAUAAAAAAAAAAGUGUGCUUUAUGCUUAAUCUCUCUGCGAGAGCUUAUGCCACUAAGCACAUUGAGUGAAUGUGAUGUGAAUGUCGCCUUUUAUUUCUCCUCAGACAAAAACGCACAUAGAACAAGGCUUAAAUGAAUCAAAUUACUGUACAUUUCCUAAAGGUUCUAUUAAACACAGCUCAACUCUUCCUCCUGUGGAGAUGUUUACCAGAGCCAUCUGUGAUGAUGUCGGAAGUGGGAGCUCAAGUGUCUGACGUUGUUUUUCCAGCUGUCAUAAAACAUAUUUUUUGUAAGGAAAUUUGGAUUCCGUUGGACUUGUUUUGACUCUAAUAGACUCAGCAGUCGUCCACUCCUGUGCUGCUACGAAGCCACGAUAAGAAGGAAUGUCCACUAAUAAGAAUGCCCACUAAUAAAGAAUGUCCACUAUUUCAAAUCUUCAAAGCUUUUGUCAACAGACUUCCAUCUGCAUGUCUCACUUCCACAUGGUUCCCGUUUGCUAUUUUGGCGUCCUUUUCUUACAACAGAUGUUUCCAACAGUACUGUACACUGCAAAAAAGAGCUGACAUAAUAAAAAGACUAGAUUUUAGGAAAAAUAUUACUAAAAGUUAGAAAAAAUUAUCUGUCUAUGCAGCCAGUUAAUUUUACUUUAUAAAACAUCCUAAAUUAAGAUUUCUAUAUCUAAAAAAAAUAGCAGGACUUUUAAGCUAGAAAUAAGUACUUUAUUCUGAAAACAAGCAUUAUUUAAAAUGCAAUUCUUAAAUUAAGCAUCCUCUUGAUGUUGCUGAAAUUUUAAACAAGAUUUUCUAUGUGGAGUAAAAUAACAUAUCUUAUUUGAAUAGUUAUUUUCUCAAUUUUAACGCAGAAUAGACCAAAUAUAAUUAUUCAUGCUAACAUUAAGAUGAUGCUGUAAAAUGACUAAAAAUAAGAAAAUUAGACCUCAAAACUAGGGAAAUUUAUAGAAAUAACAUUUGAAAUCUUGGCAAGUGGCAAAUAAUUUGCAGGGUAACGUAAUGUGUUGGGCGAUCCCUCUUUUUAAGAAGUUAUUUUUAAGUCAAGACAAAUUUUUUACUAGCUCCAUCAAACAAAUACAUUUGAUUAAAUCACAAUUAAUUGCCCAUUUUUCCACACAGAAAGUGUGGAUAGAGGCAAUGUAAAACUAUUAUUUUGAUCACUUAUUUCACAAAACCCGUUCAGAGCUGGCAUUCCAGGCUAAAGCUCCCAGACUCUGGAACAAUUUUCAUCAGUCCCUCCGUGAUCUUGACUGCGUUGACACUUUUAAGAAACUUUUGAUAACUUCUCUUUUUAGUAAAGCUUUUAGUUAAUGCACUUUUUAACUAUCAAUUUUAAUCCACUUUGUAUUCUUUUUAUGAUGUUGCCCCUGUUUUAAUGUAAUUGUUGUUUUACUUCACCUAUGUUUUGUACAGUGCUUUGUGAUUUUUUCUGUGAAAAGCGCUUUAUAAAUACUUAUAAAUGCU